UCUCCGCAUACACACACACACACACACAUACAUUUGCAUCCACCAAUUUCGCAUACCUAAGUUUUGGCGGGAAAAUCAUGAUGAACAACGGUUUCAGUUGGAUGCUUCACUUACCAUCAUCAGUAAUUGAAUUCUCUCAAGAAGAGUUCUUGCUCUUUCACAGAACAGACAGAGAGCUCUACACCGUCCUUGUGUUCACUCUCUCACGACAUCCAAUUCAAUCUCUACGGGUUCUUGCGUUCUGGAUUUGGUUAGAGCGCGUGGGGUAUCCCAGAACGAUCCAGAAGAUUCUACGUUUAGUUCUCCGGGAGAUCAACGAAGUUGCUGACGAAGCCGUUACAUGCUUGCUAUGCAUCUCCAAACAAGCUUUCUUCCCUUUCAAUGACAUACCUGUUAUGAAAAGGCUUAUGGAUACAGAAAUCUCUCUUGAAAUCUUGCACACAAAACGGAUUUCAGUACUUCAAGGUGUAGACGAAACAGAACAUGAUGUGUGUCUGAGAGCAGUGGGUGAUUUAAUGAAUGAAGCUUUGUUCCGACUUCAAAGAUACAAUGCCAUGAUGUUAAGGCCAAGAGCGUAUAGAAGAAGAUGAUGCUAUUGAAGGUAUUUGUUCUAAAUUUCUAAUCCCACAAGCAUAUAUAAUUGUUUGAUUUUUACUAUGGUUUUUCUUUUUUGUGUU